CCGACGGCUGGUAAUCCGCUGGACGCGUGACAGAGCGCGAAAACACCACGACUGUCUUCUCGCGCCAGAAGUCCUCCCCGCCCUGCAAGCGCUGUUGCAAAGCGCAACGCAGACCGAAGUCCUGGAGCUGCACCUUGCCGGCUUACCCGCCGCCUUUGACUUUAGUGCAUUGCUCGCCAGGACGAGCUUUCGGCUCCGAACACUUGCGCUCAACGGGUCUGCCGACGCGUCCGUCGAAAUGUUCUUACGCACUCAGCCCCGUCUUGUGUAUUUACAACUAGCGGAUCAUCGACGGCCUCUUGCGCUUGCGUCGCGGGACAUACCUUACCUAGAGACAUUCCGCGGUGACCUGAAUUGCGCUGCUUCAGUCAUACCUGGUAGACCCGUCUCUACGCUCGUGCUCAGUGGGCAUGAACCGUCAGAACGACUGCUAGUUUCACUCGGUCACAGUACUCGGCCCAUCAGGCGACUUGACUUGAGUGCAUUGUCGGUAACACCGACUCAAUUGCUCACCAUCUCGAAGCACCUCACUGCCUUGGAGACGCUCCGGAUGCGACUUGCCCUCCGGCAUACACUGCACUUCACCUUCUCCGGAAUGAUGCUCCUCUCCGCACUAACCCAAGUCCUAGGCGCCUUCCAACACCUCGCACACCUCGAUCUCUCUCCAACAAACGUCGAUGGCAUCGUGGGCGUGCGUAACGAAGUCGAAGAGCAUUCCCUCUGCAACGCAUGGUCCUCCGUCGCCCCCUCACUCCGUCGAGUCAAAUUCCCCUCCGGAACCGAUUGGACACGCACACCCGAUGGGAUCUGGCGACCAUUGUCUAUUUCUCCGAACCCGUAG